GCAUUCUCCAUAGACGCGAAGUUCACCAUAUUGCCAUUUACGUUAAGAGAAAGACCGGAUCACUUGCACUUAGGACCGGUUAAUUGAUAGUUUCUUCCUAAUUUUUCAUAUAAAACGAUAUUUUACGAGUAAUUGCUUGAAAUUAAAUAGUGCUAGUCAUUCGAAGUAGUGGAAAACACAAAAUGAGUGCCGAAAACGCAAAUCUUUUAAAUGUGGAAAAAUCCACUGUUAUAUUACUGGACGUCGCCGGUACAAUGGUUUCUAAAACGUUUCUGAAGGAAAAUUUAUUCUCAUAUGUUGACAAACAAGCAGAAACUUUUCUUAAGGAAGCCUGGGAAAAUGAGUCUGUUAAAGAGGCCAUCAAAUCAUUAAAAGAUGAUGACAUUGAUCAAGAGGCAGCUACAACUCUGAUUAAGGAACUUACCGAGAAAAAUAGUGAAAACAAAGGUUUGAAAACCAUUCAAGGUUUAAUUUAUGAAAAAGGAUAUAAAAAUGGUGAACUCAAAGCACAUGUAUUCCCGGACGUUCCUGCUGCUUUGGAUUCGUGGGCCAAAACACGAGUAAUUGCUAUUUAUUCUACUGGUAGUCAAAAAUCUCAAGAGCUUUUAUUCACUCAUACCACCGAAGGAGAUUUAUCUCAACGUAUCUCCAAAUAUUUUGAUCAGAGUAUUGGAUCCAAAACUGAGGCUGCUAGCUAUGAAAAGAUAUGUAAAGAAAUCAAUGUCAAACCAGAAGAAGUUGUAUUUGUCACUGAUGAGGUAGAAGAAGCCAAAGCAGCCAAGACCGCUGGAAUUAUUGCAAUUCUUAUUACUAGAGAAGGAAAUGAUGUUUUACCUGAAGAAUCUUCCAAGGAAUUUCCUGUAAUUUCCAGUUUCAAGGAGUUAUCGUUUGACAAACCAACCAAACGUAAAAAUGAAGAGGAAACUACACCAACAGAGGAAGAACGUCCUUCUAAGAUUGCAAAAACUGAAAAUGAAGUUGAAGAAAAGCAAUCGACAGUUUCUGAGACUCCGUCUACCAGCAAAAAAGUUGAAGAUGAAGCCAUGGAAGUAGAUACACCUCUUGAAGCAGAAGGGAAUUCUGAAACUGCUAAAAAGACUGAAGAAAUAUUUGAAAAGAAGACUGAAACUACUGCCACAAAAAUGGAAGAAUCUUCAAGUAAACUGCAAGUAGAAGACAAAUCUAUGGAACCGGACAAUAAUUCUGCUGGAACUAAAAAAGAUGCGACUGAGCUACCAAAAGUUGACUGUAAUGUCAGUACUACAGAAGUUCCACCAAAUAUUAACGAAAAUGAACCAGAUGUUGCAAAAAUGGAAGCAGAACCUGUUUCUGGAGAAGCAAAUGAUAAAAUUGAAAUUGAUAGACCAAAAUUAGACAGUAAAGAACAAGAAAACACUAAAGAAGACACAAAAACAGAAGAAGCGAUGGAGAAACAACAAAUUGAAACUGUCAAAGGGGACAAAUUAACUGUAAAAGAAUCGAAGGAUGCAGCUAAUGCAGAUUCACAAGAAGAGACGAAAAGUAAGAAAAUAGAAGAAGUUAAUGUGGCGAAUGAAGAUAAUAAAUUGGAAAUUAAAAAAGGUGUUGAUUUAGAAACAAAGGCAGACUCAAAAGUUGAAACAAAAGAAAAUCCCAAAGAGAAAAAAGAAAAAACUAAGGUAGAAGAAAAAGAAGUUUUGGUAGGAAAAAAAGACCAUAAAGGUGAAGCUAAAGAUGAAACCACUGAACAGGAAAUUAAAGAGGACUUAGCAGAAACCAAAAAAGAUGUUAAAGUGGUAACUGAAGUAAACACAAAUGCACAAAAUCCAAGUGAAUCUGAUAACAAAACUGAUGCUAAAAAUGUAGAAACAGAAAAGCAAACUGAAGAAACUGCUAUUUCUAAACUUGAUAAACAGUCAAUAAUGGAAACAGAUGAGCCUAAAACUGAAGAAACUGAACAGUCAAGAAACACAGGAUCUGAAGAGGCGUCAAAAAUAGAAAGUUUGGAAUCAAAAAUGGAAACUGAAGAAUCUACAAAGACAAAAACAGACGAUUUACAGAAGCAGGAAUCAAAAGAAGUAACAAAACCCGAAAUAUCAGAAGAAUCCGAAGCUGAAGAAUCGGCAAAAAUGGACACAAUAGAACCAACAAAGUCAGAAUUAGAUGAAACUAAAUCGAAAGCAGAAGGGUCAAUAAUAAUGGAAACAGUUAUUUUAGCAAAGACAGAAAUGGAACCAACAAAAUCUGAAACAAUGGAAACAGAAAUAUCUACGAUGAAGGAAGAAUCUCUAAAGACAAAAACCAUAGAAACAACAAAAACGAAAACUGAAGAAUCUAUAACUAAAACUAAUGAAUCAACUCAAACAGAAAUGAAGGAAUCUAAGCAGGAAAAUAGUGGACUAGAAAAUAAAGAACAAUUAGAAAAAAAUCAUCCUAAAGUUGAAAUUGAAAAGAACUCCACAACGAAUGAAGCAUUAGAAAAAGUUGUUCCCAGUAAUGAAAAAGAAGACCCAAAAUCAGAUUGCGUGGAAAAGUCUACAACGACUUCGCUAGAAAAUGGGGAAGAAGCAAAAUCAAUAGAAAUUAAAGCAGUUACUGAAAAUAAUGAAGAAAGUAAAAUAGAAAGUCAAGAGACCGUAUCUACAGUAGUCGAAAAAGAAAAUAAAAGUGAUUUGGCAAAUGGCGUAGACAAAGAAACUAACUGUACUGCAAAACAAGAAACAAACGGCACUACAAAAGAAGAAACCUCCCUAAUCACAAAAGAUGUAUCAAACGGUACUUCAACCACUGAAGAGAAACAAAAUGGUGAAUCUAGUAAGCUUGCCGAUAGUAAUGUAGAAGAUAUUAAACUAAAAAAAAUUGAGGAGCCCACUAAAGAAAGCACACCUUCAGUAAGUGUUGAAGUGUAAUGUGUGAUUUCUUUUCUUAUGCCUACAAACUUCUUAAUUUUUAUUUUAUAUCUUAUUUAUUUUCAUCAAUAUUCAACGAUUUUAUUCUUGAUUUAUAUCACAUAAAGAAUGAGGUUCGCAUUUCUAUUUUUGUGAUGUAGAAUAAAAUCUGCAAACUUCACAAGAAACUUUGGGAACACUGGUACAAUUAUGAUAAAAUGUACUGUGGAAAAUGAAUCUUCAUUUGAAUAAUCAAUUUUAAUGGUAGGUUAAAACAUUCCUGUCUCAUUUGGACUGAAUAUUGGAUCUCGAAAAUUUACAUCUAAGACUGAAAUGUAAAUAUGUUGAUUAUCUUUGCAAACUACUGUAUGAUUUGAAAAAAUGGGUACACAUUUGUUCAUGUACUAAAAUUUUGAAACCAAAAUCCAUUUUGAUUAUGAGGGGUUUAUUCUUCUAAGAUUCCGUCCUUCACUGCUUCGAUUAAAUAACUAUUUAAAUGUAUAAACACUGUUACAGGAUUUUUCACUGAAUUGCAAUAUCAUUUUUUUGAUUGAUUUAAUUUGGAUGUCUUGUAACAUUAUUGGGCACAUUUCUGGAAUCUCUACAGAAGCUCUAUGUUGGAAUUGCUGGUUAUCCCCUAGAGUCGAAUUCCGUAUGUCCACAUCAGUAUAUGCUUCUAUACAGUAGCACUUUGUUUUUAGUUGAUAGCUUGGAUUUCCUGUCUAUGAGCCAGUACAUUUAGUCUAGUUUUAGACCUAACUGCUUCUACGUGAUGAAUAUGUGUUUCUGCCAAGUUAGUCUUCAGUCUAAGUAAGGUCCUUAGCACUGUUAGCUAGUGGGAAUUCAGUCUCGAUUAGUUUUGACGGGUCAUGUUUCAUUUCAAAUUGGGAUUUGUAAACUUUAAUGCGCCGCAGUUUUAGCAAAAUCUGGAUUUUACAUAGAUUAAACAGGGCUUCUUUAGGCAGAUAACAUAAUAAAAUAGUUUUGGCAUCUAGGCGCCUCAUACCUGAAAUGUGUCUCAUAUCUCCCUGACAUAUUGACGAAAAAAUGACAAUUACAAAAGAAAACCGUUGCUUUGAAAACAUCGUAGAACCUUGAUACAGAAAAUCUUUUCAACAUAAUUAAAAUGUUUUUCCUCUCUGUAAACGAAUGGGGUAACAAUUAUUCAAAAAACAUGAACAAAUUGGUACUACAUUUAUUUUGAUGAAUCUCUUGUUUGUAUUUAGGAACCUUUAAUAUCGGGGAUACUCUAAAAAUUGUAUUGAAUCUGUUUGUGUAGGUUAUAAUUUCGUAUUAGAAUAAUUAAUUUCUAUCUUAACUCUUUUCACCAGUGUUUCCAGGUUACAUACUUUUGAGUAUUACUCAUAUUUUGUGAUCUAAAUUGUUCCUGUUAGUGUAAAGGGUAACUUCCAAAAAAUAAGUGCCAACAAGUCAAAGAAGACUGGAUGUAAAGACUGCGAAUGAAUUGGCAUUUUUUUCUAUAUCAAAUUAUCUGUUUGUAAUAAUUCCCAGUAUUUGAGUAUUACUCCAUUUUAAGACUGUAAAUUGUAGCUGUAAUUAGGGGAAAACGUUAUUACCCCGUAUUUAAUAAUUUUGACGAUAACAAUUUUUCUAGUUAGUUUUUGUACUUAGUGUAAAAGUAAACAUUCCUUUGUGAUUAUUUGUUUUUUUUUUAAUUUGAAAAU